CCCAGGUUCUUUGUCAGGGGCCAUUUGCAUUCCACAGGCUGCCGCAGCUGCCAUUGGCCGGAUUCAAAUCCAGCCCAGCCAAUGGGAGCGCUGCAUCGCCGGCUCGGCCUAUCAGAGGGCGGGGUCGAGUGGCAGACAGCCUUUUGAAGGAGAGAGAGAGACCUGAUGUGUGCUGCUGACCCACAGCACAUGGUUAAACUAAAAUCCUUUGUGCUCAGAAGCCAACUUUAACUCCACAGCACAACACCCUGCUUACAGCCUUGCUUCAACACACCACAUAUCUUAAGUGCACAACACAUGCUUAAACUAGACUUUUGCCAUGUGUUUAGCUCCUAACUUCAGGAUGUGAUGGUUAUCUGUGUGUCUUUGCGUUUAUAGAGCCUAACUCUUUAACACGUGCUUACACAACAGGCUUUUGUUCACAGAGCAAAGCGCAGCAGUCUUAGCACAGACAACAAGAAAACAUUUGACGUCUUCCAAGAAGAAGAAGAACACCAAGAAAAGGAGGCCAGGAGGAGGAAGACAGGUGGGAGUUCUGGAGCCUACGGAGGAGGGUAGGCCCUGGCGUUCCGAAGAGGCGGGAGAUGAAAAAAGAUGCCGGCGGAAGUGGAAGUUUCCCUGAAGAGCUUGUGGCGGGCAAUGGCGAGAGUCAGGGAGAGGGCAACAGCUUGGAGAAGCGCAAAACGGCCGACUUGGAGGCCUACGGCGAGAACCUGACAGACAUGGUGGCCAAGUUAGCCAAGCGGUCCCCCAUGAGGAUGACUGGAGACGGGGAUGGGGAUGGAGAGACCACUACUGUUGACUCUGAGGGAGGAGGGGAGAAGAGGAGGAGGAGGAGGAGGAGGAGGAGGAGAGAGGAGGAGGAGGGAUACCCACCGCUUAGGACCAGACUUGGACUACAGGAAGAGGGUGGCAGCAUCACGGCCACAUGUGGCGGUACAGAAACCAGGAGUGCGGCCGGCGAUAGCAGCCCACUGGGUGUGGCAGAGGAGGAGGAGGAGGAGGAGGAUGACAUGGACAUGGGUGUGGAUGGUGAUUCGUACCCUCCUAGUGCAGUGCAGGAGGAUGACCUGGGCCCAUACCAGUACCCGCCCAGCGUCGCCAGCAGCAGUGGGCUCCGCAGCCUACCCAGGACGGAUGGUGUGCCCAGCAAUCUCCUAGCUGUGGACUGUGGGACAUGCCCUCCUAGUGUAGCCAGCAACCUCCUGAGUGAGGGUGUGGACACUUCCUAUCCACCUAGUGUAGCCAGCAGCAGCAGCAGCAGCAGCAGUAGUGGUGUCAGCAGCCUAAUGAAUAUGGAUGGUGAUGGACCAUAUCCACCUAGUGUAGCCAGCACCAGUAGUAGCAGCAGCAGCAGUAGUGGUGUUGGCAGCAGUACCAGUAGGAGCCGUGCCGGUAGCCCUUUAAGCCUAGACGAUGACAUCUCCUCCCCACCAAGUGUGGACAGAGGUGUGGGCAGCCCAGCCCAGAGUGUCCUAUCGGGGGGUGGCGGUGACGGGUCGUACCCGCUGAAGGCCGCCAUCGUUCCGGCCUUUCUGACGCCGGACGCCAGCGGGCUGUACCCGUGCCACACGUGCGGACGGACGUUCCAGAGGCCACAGGCCCUGGCCAAUCACCUGACGACGCACGCUGACCGCCGCUGCCCUCACUGCGACCAGCUGUUCGCAGACGCGGCAAAGCUUAAGGAGCACCUGCGUAUUCACACCAGGGACCAUCGUCCGCAUGUGUGUUCUGAGUGUGGCAAGUCGUUCCAGUUCCAGUCGGGUCUAAAGCGCCACAGCAUGAUCCACUCUGGAGAGAGGCCCUACUCCUGCUCCACCUGCGGAGACGUGUUCCGCCACCCCACACACCUGGCCAAUCACAUGCGCUCGCACACAGGGGAGAGGCCGCAUGUCUGCAGCCAGUGUGGAAAGGGUUUCAGCAUCCGUUCGGCGUUGACGCGGCACGUUAAGCAGGUCCACACUGCGGAGGGUGAGGGGGCCUAUCGGUGUGAGCUGUGUGGGAAGGACUUUGGAGGGUGCUCCCAACUGACCAGGCACAUCAAGCAGACACACACACACACCAAGAAGACCACACACACCAAACACACACAUACGGACAACAUGGACGACCCUGAGCCUACACACACCGAACCCACAAACGCAAACAUGGAUGACACACACACCAAGACAGGCAACGCACACACCAAUCCCACAAACAUGGACUACACGCACGACGAACUCAAACACACAAACACGGACGACACACACGCCGAACCUACACACACCAACACGGACCAAAAAUAUAUUAACAACAGUCAACCCACACACACAGACCCAACUGACACUCUGCUCAGCACACACAGAGACAUCUACCUCACAACACACACACAAACAGACUCCACAACAGACACUGGCUUCAAGCUCACAGGCUCAGGCCACACACACUCACAAGAGAAUCUCUCGCAGCGUGGCAGAGCAGACUGUCCCACCAAUCAGGAUAACCAGAGAGCCACAAGCACCAAUCAGAACUCACCAAAAACCAAUCAGAGAGACAGGCAGACGAAUCAUAAUGAUCGCCUUGUCCACCAGCACACAGAGGGAGAGACGAGCACUAAUCAGAACACGGAUCACAACAACAAUCAGAACUCAACCUCAAAGCAGAACAACCUAUCGACCAAUCACCAUGGCCGAAACGGGCCUCAGAAUGACCUACCGCUCAAUCACAAUGACCCAAACCCCAGUCCCAACACCCCGCCCACCAAUCAGCAGCUUGAAAGCCGUCCCUACCCCCACCCUCACCCACGCUCUCCCCUUGGCUCCACCAAUCAAAAAGGCCGAAACGGGACCCAGAACAGCUUACUGACCAAUCACAGCGCCCCAAACGCUGAUCCCAAUGACCACCAACCCACCAACCAGAAGUCUGAAAUCCAACGCAGGCAGCGACGCCGUAGACGCUACCUUCCCGCCGGUGACCAAGAGCCCCGCCCGCGUCUCCACCGGUGCCCCGAGGCCCGCUGUGCCAAGUCCUUCCCGCUGCUCGGGGACCUGAAGCGCCACCUGCUGGUCCACUCAGGGGAGCGCCCUCACCUGUGCUGCACCUGUGGCCUGGCCUUCCGCACCAGGCAGCACCUCACCGCACACCAGCGCAGUCGCCACUCCUCCGAGCGGCCGUACCAGUGUUCCGAGUGUGGCGCCGCCUUUGCCCUGCGAUCCACGCUGGCCAGGCACCUGCUGAAGCACGCGGGCAUCAGGGCACACCUCUGCCACGCAUGCGGCAAGAGCUUCAGGACGGGCGGAGGGCUGACAAGGCACCUGCUGCGCACGCAUGGCAAAGGUGGAGGAGGAGGAAGAAGAAAGCGGCAAACACAAAAUGGGGAGGACGGAGAGGAAGUGGCACACGCUGGAGGCGUGAAACGGCAUCGCACACGCGGUGCAGACGUGAGACGCCUCCGUGGGCAUCGGCAGCGGCGGCGAACACACACACCCACUCGGAAGGUGGCAGAGGCUUUCACACACACUGGAGUCGUACACACUGAGGAUGUCACACAGACACUCACACACACUGCAGAGAGUGGACAGCAAUUCGCACACACUGCAGAGAGUGAACAGCAGCUCACUGUCAUUGGAGAGGACGGACAGAUACUCACACUCACCGGAAACGUCAUGGAGUUACUUGCCCACGUGGGCGACAUCACGGACAUGCUCACAGAUCACACUGGAGAUUUCCUACAGCAGGUCACAGAUGCUGGAGACGUGGAACUGCGCCUCACACACGACGGUGCAGACGACGUUGUGAACUACCUCACACACACCAAUAUGAAUACUCUCACUGGGGCUGAUGUAGAGCAACUUCCACACACCGCAGGUGUGAACACACACACUGGAGAAGACUUGCAGCCGGUCACACACACCACACACGCAGACGUGAACCAACAACUCGCACACGCCAUAGAUUUGCUGUGUCAGCAGGUCACAGAGACUGGAGACGUGGAACUGCAUCUCACACACGACAACAGUACAGAUGUUGUAAACUACCUCACACGGUCUGCAGACGUGAACACACACACUGGAGAUGACGUACAGCAGGUUUCACACAUUACAGACGUGAACUACCUCACUCACACUACUGGAGACGACACGCACUAUCUCACACACAAUACUACUGACGUGAACACACCCACUAGAGCUGACACACAGCAACUUGCACAUGCCGACGAUGUCGCACAGCAGCAAACACACCCUACAAAUGCGAACCGACACCACACACACACUAGCGAUCUGCUCACACACCCUGGCGAUGAUGUACAACAUUUCACACACACUAGCGAUGUGAAUCAACGACUCGCACACACCAGCAGUCUGCUCCCAGACACCAGUGAUGCCACACAUCUCGCAGACGGCACAGACGCAACACAACAUCUCACACACAUGCACGCCACCACAGACUCGGCACCUGCCGAGCUCGCACACUCAAGCCACGCGGCACAACAUCUCCCACACACUAGUGACGCAAUACACGACAAGCUCAUAAACACAGCCCUCACACACUCUCCUGUCGUCGACUGGAGCGCCGACGAGUUCCUCCUGACAGAAUAUCUCGCACACGAGACGGGUGAUUGGCUGCUGACUGAUGACUCAUCAUCUCUUCUUCAUCCUCAUCUUCCUCCUCCUCCUCCUCCUCACUUCACUCACUCCGCUGACGACUGGGCCGACCUGGGGCUCCACAAACAGGAGUUUGUACAAGACACUACUACCGACACCAGGGACUAUUUUGAUUGGACGGAAGGACUCUCAGGCGAGCGCUACUACGGAUGAUGCUGCAUCGUCUCAUCUUCAUCCUCAUCCUCACACUGCUUGGACCUCCAUGACACUACUGACAACACCACGGACACCAGCGCGACUCUUUUGAUUGGACAGGAGGGCUAUCUGGUGAGCGCUACAAGUGGAUGACCGGUUUAGUGAAGGGCUGCUACUGAAACAUGACUUCACACACACACCCACACACCGAAUCCAUCAGGAUUGACUGCUACUGAAACAUGUGUUGGCAUUCUGUGUUGAAUUUAGUUUGUUUUUCUCACAAAUUGUGUGUGUGUGUGUGUGUGUGUGUGUGUGUGUGUGUGUGUGUGUGUGUGUGUGUGUGUGUGUGUGUGUGUUGAACUGUUUUUUGCUUGUGUGUUUGUUUAUAAAUGUUUCUGACAACUUGUGAGUCGGGCUUCCAGGUGGAGUUUCCCCACAACAGACCAAGUAUACACUGGAAUAACUGACCUGAUUACUAUGCAACACAAGACGGGGGAGGAGAGAUAGAAAAGAAAAGAAAAGAAAAGA